AUGUCGACACCUUUAGAAGCUGCGACGGAAUGUGCUGGAGAGUUGCUCUCCGGGUACUUCAAGACACUGUCGCCGAAACACAGUGCACCUCCUCGCACGCAGAGCAGGGCGCCGCCGCCGGGAGUGUGGGUGGUGGGUGCUGCCGCGGCCAGGCCGGCCGCAGGGCCGCCGGGCUACUGCCGGGCUGCCGGGCUGGGGUCCCCACUGCACUGCGCCCCGCCCCGCCCCGCCCCGCACCCCCCGUCUCGCGCCGACGCGCGGCUCCGAUUUAAUUUAGCGCAAGGCCCGCGGAGCAUGUGGACAGCGAGCCAGGCCGCCGGUCGCCGCCGCCGUCGACACUCGUCGCCCGUGACGCAGCGUCGGAGGUGGCGGAGGGCGGCGGAUGUGGAGGCUGAGGGUGCGGGGCGCACGCUAUCGAUUCAUCUGGCGGGCGGCCCGCAGGGACAGCCGCAGCCGCGGCCGGCGGGGCCCUUCGGCAUGCCGCAGGGCUGUCCAGCGCGCUGCGGCUCUCUGCCGCCGGCUAACGAGCGCUCCGCGGCCAGAUGGGAUCGCGCGCCGCGCCGCGCCGCGCCACCACCGGGGCCGCCGCGAUGGCUUUCUACCGGCGGCGAGAGCCAGGGCCAGCAGGGGCAGGGGCAGGGGCAGGGGCAGGGGCAGCCGCAGCCGCAGCCUUAUCUGCCGCGCCGCCGGUUCCGGUUCGUUACGAGCGGCCGCGACUCGCGCAGCUCGGCCGCCGACGCCGACGCCGACGCCGACGCCGACGGGAUGCGGUGCGGUGCGAAGCGCCGGCUGGCAGGCAGCUGCGGACGGCUCUGGGGGACGCCGCGAGCGCUGGCAGGGGGCGACGGCGAGGAAAGGGGCAGGCAGGCCGCAGGCCGGCACUGCUGGCUGCACCUCCUGCUUCAGUUCCGUGCACGGAGUGUUCUUUUAGUCAGGUUCUAA